UCGCGCCUCUCCGCCGCGAGGUUCGGGUGGGGAGUCGGCCGCGUGUGGAGCGGAGGUCUGAGAGGGGCGUGUUCCGAGGCCGCGGGAACGCCCCCUGGCGGCGGCCGCGUCGCAUUAGGAGCACGCAGUCAGGCGUUCUCCCCGGGCAGCCGGCGGCGGGGCCUUGCCUCCUAGCGCGGGGUCCUCGGCGGCCUGGGCGGCUCCUGCCCCUGUUGCUGGCGUAGCGAGCACGGCUGCGAGCGCGACUGCAGUUGGCUCGCGGCGGCGGCGUUGGCGACGGCGGAGCAGCCGCGGGCUAGCGAGGCGACAGACGCGGCCGGAGGCAGGCGCGGCGGCGGCGGCGGCGCUGCGGGCCCGCGGCGGCGAGGGGGCGGAAGAUGGCGGACGUGCUCAGCGUCCUGCGACAGUACAACAUCCAGAAGAAGGAGAUUGUAGUGAAGGGGGACGAAGUCAUCUUUGGCGAGUUCUCCUGGCCCAAGAACGUGAAGACCAACUAUGUGGUUUGGGGGACUGGAAAGGAAGGACAACCUAGAGAGUAUUACACGUUGGAUUCUAUCUUGUUUCUACUUAAUAAUGUGCACCUUUCUCAUCCUGUUUAUGUCCGACGUGCAGCCACUGAAAAUAUUCCUGUGGUUAGAAGACCUGACCGAAAAGAUCUGCUUGGAUAUCUCAAUGGUGAAGCAUCAACAUCGGCGAGUAUAGACAGAAGUGCCCCUCUAGAAAUAGGUCUUCAGCGAUCUACUCAAGUCAAAAGAGCUGCAGAUGAAGUUUUAGCAGAAGCAAAGAAACCACGAAUUGAGGAUGAAGAGUGUGUGCGACUUGAUAAGGAGAGAUUGGCUGCUCGCUUGGAGGGUCACAAAGAAGGGAUUGUGCAGACUGAACAGAUUAGGUCUUUGUCUGAAGCUAUGUCAGUGGAAAAAAUUGCUGCCAUCAAAGCCAAAAUUAUGGCUAAGAAAAGAUCUACUAUCAAGACUGACUUAGAUGACGACAUAACUGCUCUUAAACAGAGGAGUUUUGUGGAUGCCGAGGUGGAUGUGACUCGAGAUAUUGUCAGCAGAGAGCGGGUGUGGAGGACGCGGACAACGAUCUUACAGAGCACGGGAAAGAAUUUUUCCAAGAAUAUUUUUGCAAUUCUUCAGUCUGUAAAAGCCAGAGAAGAAGGGCGUGCACCUGAACAGCGACCGGCCCCAAAUGCAGCACCUGUGGAUCCCACAUUGCGUACCAAACAGCCUAUCCCAGCUGCCUACAACAGAUACGACCAGGAACGAUUCAAAGGGAAAGAAGAAACGGAAGGCUUCAAAAUCGACACAAUGGGCACCUACCACGGCAUGACGCUGAAGUCUGUGACGGAGGGUGCAUCGGCCCGGAAGACUCAGACUCCUGCAGCACAGCCAGUACCGAGACCAGUUUCUCAAGCAAGACCUCCCCCAAAUCAGAAGAAAGGAUCUCGCACGCCCAUCAUCAUCAUCCCCGCAGCCACCACCUCCUUAAUCACCAUGCUCAACGCCAAGGACCUCCUCCAGGACCUGAAAUUUGUCCCAUCAGAUGAAAAGAAGAAACAGGGCUGCCAGCGGGAGAAUGAGACUCUGAUACAGAGGAGAAAAGACCAGAUGCAGCCCGGGGGCACCGCCCUCAGCGUCACGGUCCCCUACCGGGUGGUGGACCAGCCCCUGAAGCUCAUGCCUCAGGACUGGGACCGGGUUGUGGCCGUGUUCGUGCAGGGGCCUGCAUGGCAGUUCAAAGGCUGGCCGUGGCUUUUGCCUGAUGGUUCACCAGUUGACAUAUUUGCUAAAAUUAAAGCCUUCCAUCUCAAAUAUGAUGAAGUUCGUCUGGAUCCAAAUGUUCAGAAAUGGGACGUAACGGUGUUAGAACUCAGCUACCACAAACGUCAUUUGGACAGACCCGUGUUCUUACGGUUCUGGGAAACACUGGAUAGGUACAUGGUAAAGCAUAAAUCCCACUUGAGAUUCUGAAUCACAUCAUCUCCCCUUGUGCAAAUCUGGAUUUAAGAAGCAUCGGAUAUACCUUGAUCUAAAGACUGCCUGAGAGUCAAGCUUUAUGAAUUUAUCAAAAACUUACAAUUAAGAAGGUCACAUCGAUCAAAAGACCUCAUUUGAUGCUUUAUGCUUCAAAGGGAUGGUGCCCAUCAUUCAUAUUAAGCAAACUUUUUGGCCUACAACUAUUUUUUUAAUAUUAGCCUUCUAGUCUGUAACGGAAAUUGUAUAUUUUGAUAGAAGUUUUUUCUCCAUUGGUUAAACUAGCAUUACUUAAAAUGUGUUUCUUUAGAAAAUAAAUACAGGUUAUAAAUGUGUGUAUAUUUAGAGGUUAUAUGGCUCUCUAAGCCAUCUUGCUUCUGAUUUUUCAUUGCUCUAUAAUUCCUUUUAUUGAAAAUACUGUGUUAUGAAUGGUAUUAAAUUUUAGUUUCUGGAACUUGCAAAACCAAGCAAAGGGAUGUGACUAUUUUGAAUGAGUCAAAAUGUCAACCUGUAUGUGUACUAUAUCUAUACUUUAUUUAAAAAGGAAUAAUGAAAAAUCAAGAACAAUUCUUCAGCUUUGGUUGAACUGUUCAGCCUUUUCAAGACUUCUUACUUAUAUUGAAUACAUUUAAUGAAUGUACAUGCUUCUCACUGACUUUGGGGAUUUUAAAACUUAGAAUGAUAUAUUUCUAUCUGUGAUAUCUUUCCACUUGAAACAUCUCAAAACACAGAUUGAAAACCUUGUAGGCUGUAGUACUUUUUAUUUUGGGAGCCAGAGUAUGAUUUGGGGGAAGGAAAUGUAUGAGUCCUACUGCAAUGUGAUUUUAGCUUCCUUAUCUUUUCCCAUAAAUCCACCUUGAUUCUUAGCUUACAGGGCAUGGGAUUGGAGUCUGCUGUUUCUAGGCACGUGGACCUCAGUCCUUAUCUUCCAUUGUCCCUGAACACUGAUAAACUCUCCCAGGCACCAAAGAACACAUUUGCUUAAGUAAGUGUCUGAACAGAAACAAGAUAAAAACACUGGUAUUUUUAUGUGCGUAUUCAAUAUCGUAUGAAAUAGAAACCUAUAUUUUAACUUAGUAAGAUAUUUUACUACUUCUCUACUUUAGGCAGCGUUGCAUCCAUAGUACAAUGAAUGAGCCUUUUCCGUGAGGCUUAAUUUCACAUUUUCUCACUCAAAAGCAACUUGGAAACUUGACUUCCAGUUUUUACUGUUAGAAUUGUUGCUGAUCAUUUAUAUCUACCCUCCCCCCCGUCCCCAUUUUCUCCCCCCAGUGAUUUCUCUUAGGUUGACAUUUUUUUUGUAAACAUCUAACUCUUAUGUCCAGCUGACAUUGUCUAGCCUCAUUUGUAAAUUUAAUGCUAUCAUAAAAAUGAGAAGCACUUAACUUACUCUUUCACUGACCAUGAAAGUCCAUACCAAUAGGGAAUAGAAAACGAGACUUAUUCAUGUGGAAUUCACUAGGUUUUUCAGAAGAAAAACAGUCAGCAUUUAAAAUGAUAAGAUUUUAGAAUAUUUAUAAGGUUUGAACAGAUUCAGCCCCCUUCUUCUCUGCAUCCUCUUCUUGACAAUAAGAGAAAAAAAAUUUCACAUUAGAAUAUCUCAGCAUAUAAAUUUGUUUUCAAAAUAAAUUAUGUAUUGUAUAAACUUUCUCAGUGAUGAAAUAGUCAUGGUCUAGAAUCUGUAAUAUUUUAAUGUAAGAUUACUUGUUAAGACUACUACGAGUGGACAUGAACUACCUUUCUAUAAAGAUUUUUAGUAUUUAUACUUAUGUCAUGUAUGAAAUUUACUUGAUAACAGUGUGGUUAAAAUUGGGAACAUCUACUUUAAACAGGAUUUAUUUUUCUAUCUUGAAUUUGCCUUAUAUGUAUUCAGAGGCUUCUGGAAAUACUGUAAGGAACAUUAGGAAAAGUACAAAUAUGCUAUGCCAUGUAUUUUAAAAUCCGACCUUAGCAUGUACCUAUUUUCUUUGUCUCUCUCUGUUUUUUGGCAGUUCAGUCCCUUAUUUAGGUCUAUGUAAUUAAUUUAUAGACAUUAAUUCUUAAACAAAAAACCCAACUCACAGCCAAUCACUGUUCAUGACUCCAGGUCCUACAGCAGCAGCCAUCACAGUGCCUUGCACAUAGUAGGCAUUCAGGAAAUCUUUGUAUACACGAAUCAAUGAUGUAUUUUCAACAUAACACAAAGUACUUUGUACUUGGUCUGGGAGUUUGAAAAUACAGAAUUACAGGGAACAAAGAGGCAUUCGAAGACACUUAAAUGGAAAUGAACUACCCAUUCAUAAAUUUGACUUACCCAUAAGUUAUGUUACUAGGCCCCUUGUCUUACCCCAGCGGAUACAGAAAGCCCCACUGCAUUACUCCACAGACACUCCUCUGCCCCAGGGAGCAGUGGGAAGCACCAGGUUUCCACCGGCAGCUGCCCACCCUCAUUGCAUGCUGGAGCCGUGUGGGGGCCUUGGUAAAAGACCAUUCACUUCCUGAGUUCUGAUUCUGGUCUAAGUGGUCUGGGGUGAGACCUGGUCAUCAGUGUUUUGAACAAAUUCUUCAGGUUCAGAAAGGAUUGAGAAUUACUGGUAUUAAAUGUGUUUUCUUCUCCUUAACUUUUUUCUUUUUUGCGGCCACCCUUUGCACUAGACCAUCCCCAUUAUUGGUGGUAUUGGCCUAUGGUUCCACAUGACAAAUUGGUUUUAUUUAUUUAAUAUAGGAGUAUUUUGCUGUUUAAUAUUUAAACAAUGUUUAAUAUAUUUCAUUAUAAACUAGUAUUGUAGUUUAUGAUUUGUUUCCCACGUGUCCAUAUCUUUACUGAUUUUUUUUUUUAAAUAACAGCAGCAUGACGACAAUUCAUACCAAAAUAACUAAUCCGUGGAGGAAAACUUCGUAAUUUUUAAGGUAGAAGGAAAUAAAGUAUUAAUUUCUUAUCUGCCAUGCAGAAUGAGAGUUUGCUUAUGAAAAGAAAGAGGCAUACUUUUUAAUUGGUCUACACAGAAAAGUAAAAAUAAAUUAUUCAUUUAAAUAAAAUUAAUGAUCUAAUAAACAUUGAAGGAAAUAUUUUUCCUAAAUAAAAAUUUUUGUGACUCCUAACAAAAUUAAAGUGAUGACAUUGUUCUUUUUUGGAGGGUGGGGAGGGGGUCUUUAGUUGCCAUAUUUCUUACUAUAUAACGUGACGAUAGGAUACGUGUAUGUGGCCAGAAAUGAGAUGCCACUUUGUCAGGUAACUUAUUAUCUGAAUCUUACUUGUUAAGCUAGUUUAUAAACUUCUCUGUGACCAAUGGUAUAUUUUAUAAUACAAAUACAGCAAUUACAAACGCUGGUCAAAAUGAAAGAAAACAUGAAAAAUAA